AUGAAGGCGUUGAUCUUGGUGGGAGGUUUUGGUACGCGGCUGCGACCGCUCACGCUAUCGUGUCCUAAGCCUUUAGUGGAGUUUUGCAAUAAAUCAAUUGUUGAACACCAGAUUGAGGCACUUGUGGCGGUGGGAGUGACGGAGGUGAUCUUAGCUGUUAAUUAUCAGCCUCAAGUUAUGCUGGCAGCGCUUGAAUCGAUGGAGAAAAAGUACCAUAUCAAAAUAUCUUGCUCUCAUGAGACGGAGCCUCUGGGUACUGCUGGACCAUUAGCUUUAGCUCGUGAGCUACUGGAUGAUGGUGAUCCAUUCUUUGUAUUUAAUAGCGAUGUUAUCUGCGAGUAUCGACUUCAGGACUUUCUUGAUUUUCACAAAAGUCAUGGAGCGGAAGGCACAAUUAUGGUUACUCGUGUGGAUGAACCAUCCAAGUAUGGUGUAGUUAUCUCCAAUACUGAUGGACAAAUUGAGCGCUUUGUGGAGAAACCGAGAGAAUAUGUGGGUAACAAGAUCAACGCUGGAAUUUACAUAUUUAAUCGGGAAGUCCUCGAUCGUAUUCAAUUGAGACCAACAUCGAUUGAAAAAGAGAUUUUUCCACAAAUGGCCGCUGAGGGAAAUCUUUUUUCAAUGGUAUUGCCAGGAUACUGGAUGGAUAUUGGCCAGCCCAAGGAUUUUCUAUCGGGCAUGUGUCUGCACUUGGAUUAUGUAGAACGUACGCAUGCAAAAAUACUAUCUACAGGCUCCAAGUUUAUUGGAAACGUGAUGGUUGAUCCGACAGCUGUGAUCGGAGAGAAUUGUCUUAUUGGCCCGAACGUAGUGAUCGGACCUGGAUGCGUCAUUGAAGACGGUGUCCGACUCAGUCGAACAACACUUCUUCGUGGAGUGACAGUGCGUGCAAAUUCGUGGAUUCAGUCGAGCAUUAUUGGAUGGGGUUCAACGAUUGGUCGAUGGUGUCGAGUGGAGGGAAUCACAGUUGUUGGUGAGGAUGUUCAAGUGAAGGAUGAAAAGUAUAUCAACGGCGGUCUCAUCCUACCGCACAAAGCCAUUUCCACCAGCAUCCCGGAUCCCGAUCAGACAACUGCCCAGGAUAAACGGACCAAUAUAAUCAACUCGUUAAAUUCUGCAAUGCAGUUAUCGUUAUCUCAAGAUUUCAAGGAUACUUUUUAUCUUAUUACAAUAUCCAGACCAUUAUCUACUUAG